AUACACAGCUAUUUUGAAGAGAACAAGAGACAUUACAGUAGCCAUUGCUGAUUUUCCUGUUGUCUGAUUUUGAAGGCCUGUAAUACCUUCAUUCUUCUGUUUUGUUUUAUAUUAUUUUGUUUUUUAUGAAUUCAUUGUGUGUGAAGAUAUAGACAACUACUUAGAAGAAAAUAAGAGAUGUUAAUGAUAGCCACUAUUGAUCCCCUGAUGUCUUGCUUUGAAAUCCUGUGUCACUUACAUUGUUUUCUUCUGAUCUGCUUUGUUCUGUUUUGUUCUAUUUUGUUUUACCCUCUUUAAAAAAAAAAAAAGACAUACCACCAAAGUCAUCCAUUAGAUUUUAAGAGUGUAAUUCUCAGAAGAUUACCCUCAUUUUCUUCUUUUUGGCAGACACUUAUGCCACUGAACUAAAUCCCCGGCCUACCCUGAUUUUUUAAGUUCUUAAGCGUUAAUUUUGUUCCUCUCUGUUAAGAAAGAGUAGAUUUUUGCUUUUUAAAGUUUUAAUAAUCAGACAUUUGCAGUACCAUUGUGGCAGUCUUUUAAGCUGUAUAAGCUACAGAACCAAAGUGAAAGCACUUACUCCUAGCUUUUGACUGUGCAUCUGAAUCAGAUCGUAACUAUUUAUCUUUGUAAUUGUGGUUUCUUGAGCUAUUUUGAAUGAUGUAAAAGAUGAGUCUUAUUAGGCGUUUCCUCUUUUAAAAGGAUACUUGGUGUUUUAUUGUAAACAGUUUUCUCCAAGGAAACAUUUCUCUGAGGUCUCACCUCAUCAUCUCCUUAGAAAUGAAAACCUUUCUGAUGUACAGGUCCUUAGUUUAUUUUAUUAUUAAGCUGUUACUCAUGUGUGUUUGAUGUAACCCAUAUGUCUUAAUUUUACUUACAUGUUUUUAAAGUAUCCCCAGAGCUUCUAAAGUAACGUCAUUCUGAUUCAGUGUUUCCCUGACUACCAGAUACUUUUCUUCAGGUUACUCUCCACCCACUGGAGGAGUUGUGAGUGCUCACCCUUUCAUUGGUUCCCCGUGGCCACUGCUACAUGAGUAAAUGCCACAUGCAUGUGGCAUUGCUUGUCAGAGUGGAAUUCUAAGACUUCCUCUUUACACAGAACAGUUUAACUUCUGUGCUUCUGGCCAAAGGAUGGUCCUGGGUACAGUUCUACUCCCAGCUAAUAGUUAUGGCAGAGAUCAGGACGCGUUGCUUUGCUGCCCCUGCAGCGAGGCCUCAGGAUCCGCUCUCCUCGACUCGACAGAUCACUUUGCCAGCUGUGUGGAGGAUGGAUUUGAGGCAGACAAGACUGGAGGCAGUAGUCCAGAAGCUUUGCACCGCCCCUACGGUUGUGAUGCUGAAUCCCAGGCGCUGACUGAAGCCAUCAGGUGGAGCUCCAAGGAGAACUUACUUGGAGCCACUGAGAGUGACCCUAAUCUCUUUGUUGCACUUUAUGAUUUUGUAGCAAGUGGUGAUAAUACACUCAGCAUCACUAAAGGUGAAAAGCUUCGAGUCCUUGGUUACAACCAGAAUGGUGAGUGGAGUGAAGUUCGCUCUAAGAAUGGACAGGGUUGGGUGCCAAGCAACUACAUCACCCCAGUUAAUAGCCUGGAAAAACAUUCCUGGUACCAUGGACCAGUGUCCCGCAGCGCAGCAGAGUAUCUGCUCAGCAGCCUGAUCAAUGGCAGCUUCCUGGUGCGAGAAAGUGAGAGCAGCCCCGGGCAGCUGUCCAUCUCGCUCAGGUACGAGGGGCGCGUGUACCACUACAGGAUCAACACCACGGCAGAUGGCAAGGUGUAUGUGACUGCUGAGAGCCGCUUUAGCACCUUGGCAGAGCUUGUUCACCAUCAUUCCACAGUGGCUGAUGGGCUGGUGACAACAUUACACUACCCAGCACCCAAGUGCAAUAAACCAACAGUCUAUGGUGUGUCCCCCAUCCAUGACAAGUGGGAAAUGGAACGAACAGAUAUUACCAUGAAGCACAAACUUGGGGGCGGUCAGUAUGGAGAGGUUUAUGUUGGUGUCUGGAAAAAAUAUAGCCUUACAGUUGCUGUGAAAACAUUGAAGGAAGAUACUAUGGAAGUGGAGGAGUUCCUAAAAGAGGCUGCAGUGAUGAAAGAAAUCAAGCAUCCUAAUCUGGUCCAACUAUUAGGUGUGUGUACCUUGGAGCCACCGUUUUAUAUUGUGACUGAAUACAUGCCGUAUGGGAAUCUGCUUGAUUAUCUCCGCGAAUGCAACCGAGAAGAGGUGACCGCAGUUGUGCUGCUUUACAUGGCCACUCAGAUCUCGUCCGCAAUGGAGUAUUUAGAGAAGAAGAAUUUUAUUCAUAGAGAUCUUGCAGCCCGUAACUGCCUAGUUGGAGAAAACCAUGUGGUAAAAGUAGCUGACUUUGGCUUAAGUAGACUGAUGACUGGAGAUACCUACACUGCUCAUGCUGGAGCCAAAUUUCCCAUUAAAUGGACAGCACCAGAGAGUCUUGCCUAUAAUACCUUCUCAAUUAAAUCAGAUGUUUGGGCUUUUGGGGUACUGUUGUGGGAAAUUGCUACAUAUGGAAUGUCACCAUAUCCAGGUAUUGACCUGUCUCAGGUCUAUGAUCUGCUGGAAAAAGGAUAUCGAAUGGAACAACCUGAGGGAUGCCCCCCUAAAGUUUAUGAACUUAUGAGAGCAUGCUGGAAGUGGAGCCCUGCUGAAAGGCCCUCUUUUGCUGAAACCCAUCAAGCUUUUGAAACCAUGUUCCAUGACUCUAGCAUUUCUGAAGAAGUGGCUGAGGAACUUGGAAGGGCUGCCUCCUCCUCAUCUAUUGUUCCAUAUCUGCCCCGAUUACCUAUCCUUCCUUCCAAGACUCGGACGCUAAAAAAACAGGCAGAGAACAAGGAGAACAUUGAAGGCACACAAGAUGCCACAGAAAAUCCUGCGUCCAGUUCAGCACCAGGGUUCAUUAGGAGUGCACAGACCAGUGGGUCCCCUGCCCUGCCUCGAAAACAAAGAGAUAAAUCACCCAGCAGCCUCUUGGAAGAUGCUAAAGAGACCUGUUUCACCAGGGAUCGGAAAGGAGGCUUUUUCAGCUCCUUCAUGAAAAAGAGAAAUGCUCCCACACCCCCUAAGCGCAGCAGCUCCUUCCGAGAAAUGGAGAAUCAGCCUCAUAAGAAAUAUGAACUCACGGGUAACUUCUCAUCUGUUGCUUCUCUACAGCAUGCUGAUGGGUUCUCUUUCACUCCUCCCCAGCAAGAAGCGAAUCUGGUGCCACCCAAGUGCUGUGGGGGGAGCUUUGCCCAGAGGAAUCUCUGUAAUGAUGACAGUGGUGGGGGUGGGGGCAGUGGCACUGCUGGGGGUGGGUGGUCUGGCAUCACAGGCUUCUUUACACCUCGCUUAAUCAAAAAGACACUGGGCUUACGAGCAGGGAAACCCACAGCCAGUGAUGACACUUCCAAGCCUUUUCCAAGGUCAAACUCUACAUCUUCCAUGUCCUCAGGGCUUCCAGAGCAGGAUAGGAUGGCAAUGACCCUUCCCAGGAACUGCCAGAGGUCCAAACUCCAGCUGGAAAGGACAGUGUCCACCUCUUCUCAGCCAGAAGAGAAUGUGGACAGGGCCAAUGACAUGCUUCCAAAAAAAUCAGAGGAAGGUGCUGCUCCAACCAGGGAGAGACCAAAAGCCAAACUGUUGCCCAGAGGAGCCACACCUCUUCCUCUGAGAACCCCCUCUGGGGACCCAGCCAUUACCGAGAAGGACUCUUCAGGGGUGGGGGUGGCUGGAGUGGCAGCUGCCCCUAAAGGCAAGGAGAGGAAUGGAGGGGCACGACUUGGGAUGGCUGGAGUCCCAGAGGACGGAGAGCAGCCAGGUUGGUCUUCUCCAGCCAAGGCUGCAGCCGUCCUCCCUACCACCCACAACCACAAAGUGCCAGUCCUCAUCUCACCCACCCUGAAACAUACCCCGGCCGACGUGCAGCUCAUCGGCACAGACUCUCAGGGCAAUAAAUUCAAGCUCUUAUCUGAGCACCAGGGCACAUCCUCUGGAGACAAGGACCGACCCCGACGCGUGAAACCAAAGUGUGCCCCACCCCCACCACCAGUGAUGAGACUACUGCAGCAUUCAUCAGUGUGCUCAGAUGCCGCAGAAGAGCCUCCUUCAGGACAGCCCAUGUCAGAAACACAGGAAGGAGGGAAGAAGGCAGCUCUGGGGGCAGUGUCUGUAGGUGGGAAAACUGGGAGACCAGUGAUGCCUCCGCCUCAAGUGCCUCUGCCCACAUCUUCCAUCUCGCCAGCCAAAAUGGCCAAUGGCACAGCAGGUACUAAAGUGGCUCUGAGAAAAACCAAACAGGCAGCUGAGAAAAUCUCAGCAGACAAAAUCAGCAAAGAGGCUCUUCUAGAAUGUGCUGACCUGCUGUCCAGUGCAAUCACAGAACCCGUGCCCAAUAGCCAGCUGGUCGACACUGGGCACCAGCUGCUUGACUACUGCUCAGGCUACGUGGACUGCAUCCCGCAGACGCGCAACAAGUUCGCCUUCCGCGAGGCCGUGAGCAAACUGGAGCUCAGCUUGCAGGAGCUGCAGGUGUCUUCGGCAGCUGCUGGAGUGCCCGGGGCCAACCCUGUCCUUAACAACUUACUGUCUUGUGUACAGGAAAUCAGUGAUGUGGUGCAGAGGUAGCCACUGUCCGCUCUAGUGGGAAGAUGACACAUUUCUGAGGGGAGAGAGAAAGGGACUUGUUUUCCUGUGUUCUUGUUUUCAAAUUGAAAGACUGAUACUUGAGUGUGUUUAUGUGAAGUACCUCAGAUCCCUGAGUUCUCACGUUUACAGGUUCAUCUCAAAAAAACAAAAGCAAAUCACAUGAAGGAAGUGUCAAUUGGGUCCGGGCAAAGUUGGAAACUGCACUGGAAAAACAGGGAGUGCGUUUGUUUCAUUAGGAAAUGCAGCCCACCCCCACCUGGAACCUUGUGAGGUGCUAGACUGGGCUGCUUGUUGUCAUUCUGCAGCGCAGAAGAGGGCCUUGUCCUGGGGCUCUGGGGAAUACAAGAGUGAGUGUGCUCCCAGGCGCCUAGCAGAUUUGGUGGGGCUGAAGAAAGGAAGCUGGGAUAUAGCAGGAGGUUUGUUAGGCUUUUGGAAGCCGCUUCUUGCCUUGCUUCCAUGAGUCAUUACUGUUGUAAGAACUGCAAGUCAGAUUGCUAGACUAUGAAAUGGAAAUACGGCCCUGUGUUUAUCAUAGUGGAUUAGUUGGUGUGAGAAGUAAAGAAUGCUGGGAUGUUUAAUCAGGGAGAUCAAAACCUCUUUUUAAAAUCUUAUAUUGAUGAGCAGUCAUUUCUCCCAGUCUAAUAUAUUCUUUCUUAAUGGACCAGUAUUGAUUUUCUGCUUAUUGGUAGCUAUCUGUAAACCAUAGGUACAGGGGUCUCCUCAGUGGUUCCCUGUCACUUGCUGGGCAAGCUAUCUUCUUUUAUUUCUGGCAGCAUUCAGGGCAUUAAUCAACAUUGAUUUUGAAAGUGGUCACUACAAGUUCUUGCAGGGAGGUCUUUUCUGACACAAUGCCCCUGCAUCCUGCAUUGCAAAGCACUGUAUCAACUAACAUACAGUACUAAGUUGUCGGUUUCUUCUUGAAACUGUAUAGCCAGGUCCAGACGCUUACGACUGAGAGAAGUUGGCUGUUCUUUUCUUCUCCUUUAACAUCUUAAGCCCAAGGUGGGUAGAUAGUUGUGGAAGGCGUUUUCUCUCCCUGUGAGCUUGGAUUACCUGCUCACUAUUCUCACAUGCUUUUGUCCUCUCAAAUUUCUGUUCCCAUGCCCAUCAUGUUUGUUUGUAUAGUUCAUAUUGGGGAUAUUCUUUAUUUAUUUUAUUAUUUCAUCUCUAUUCUAAGAGUUCAUAAUUUAAGUAGAUCGUUUUCAGGGAGAACUGGUUAGAUCCUGAAAAUCUAAUGACUUAACCCAUAUUUUUUGCCCUUGAAAAAUAGUUUUCCCUUUCCUACUCAGUUAUAAUUAUGGAAGCUAUUUAGGAAGGAACUGAUUUGAAUAGGUUAUAUAUUACUGAUGUUCUUGGUGUUGUAUCUAAUUUUAGUUACUUCGUUCUUUUUUAAAGCUUUAUAAUACCCACACACACACACUCCCUAAAGAUAACCCAAUGAAAGUGUUUCUCCUCCCAGAGAAAUGUUAUCAUAGGAAGAUAGGGACUCAGCACUGAGCACUGAGUUUUCUCCAUGGCUCUGUCAUCGUUCCACUGUGAAGACACAGCCCCGUCUCUUAAUCUGUUGAAUGAAAAUAGCAGUACGUGUUCUCAAGGGUGUUUUGCAGAUAAAUGUAUUCACUACCCUGUUGAGAGCUUUUGAAAAAAAGCUCUUUAGUGCAGUAUUGUUACAUUUAAUUGUUUAUCAUUCUCUUCUUUGCUGUGUAAUAGAAGAAACUAGUGAAGUUUGGAACUGCUGAGCUUAUAUUAAUCUGGCUAGAAUACUAAAGAGGAGCUGGGCAUGAUGGUGCAUGCCUGUAAUCCCAGCAUUUGGGAGGCUGAGGAGAGAGAUCAUAUGAGUUGGGAGGCCAGCAUGGGCUAUGUAAGUGAGCUCCCUGUCUCCAAAACACCUAAAAAAAUAAAGGAGAAACUAUGUUUGGAUAGAGUUUGAAAACUGUAUUUGGGUAUCUUUGACCAAGGAAGAAAUUGUUUUCAUUAAAAAGAAAGGAAACUUUGAUUCUUCUUAUUGUUGCUGCUUCAAAGGAGGCCCAGGUAAGAAAAAGAUUAGAAGGGAGGUGACCACUGGGCACACGGCGGGUGUCAGGUGAUCCUGUCAGUGUGCACCUGCAGCUGCAGAGCGGGCCGCUGGUGACCAGUUAAUCUCCAACAGCCCUCCGUACCUCCUUCCUUACCAUACCCCUUCAUCACACCAUUAACUUGAACUGCUUUUAACAGUCUUUUAAAAGUGGGGAGGGGAAAGCUGAAAUUUUAGAGAAUUUUUAUGCUGCUUUUUAAGUUUAUCCUUGUCAUUGUGGGUGCAUAGGGAUUAUAAUUGUUUCCAGGGGAUUUUUUUUUAAGCAGGGGCUCUGGGGUUUUUUUUGGGGGGGGGGUUUCUAAGAGUUCCGAAAAUAAGCCUUGGGGAAACACUACUGAGUGUAUUUCAGCUCCCUGGUUUUCACUCCGAAGAACAGUCUUAAAGGUGGUGGGCAGGGGCUCUGUCUUACUCAGGGGUGGCACCUAGUUCUGUCCUACAUACAGUGGGUGCUCAAUAAAUUCUUGAAUUGAGUUUUCUGAACACUGUCAUGAGUAAUACUAAGUAUUGUAGCACACUCCAUCCACAUGAUGCUUGAACCAUGUAACUUCAGGGGUUGAGAGUUUAGAGUUCAGGUUAAAGAGACACUGUCGGGCUGGGGAUUUAGCUCAGUGGCAUGAGUGCCUGCCUGGCAAGCACGAGGUCGUGAGUUCGAUCCCCAGUACCGCUAAAAAAAAAAAAGAGACACUGUCAACUUGCUAUAAAAUUGUAAUUUAGAUUUUCCUUUUUUCUAUUUGAAAAGGACUAACUUUGAAAAAAAACUUUAUUAAAAGAAAAGGUUUAAAUCUAAAAGAGAAAACUUCUAGAAACUUAUAUUCAGUCUGAAAGCAGAAAGCAAGGAUAAAGAAUUUUGUACAAGAUGUUGACAAAUUUCUAAAGUGGAGAUACACACACAUACUCACACACACACACACACACACAUAUGUCACAGCCUGAGUUUUUUCAUGUAUAGGUAGUGGGAUUACAGUUUAGAUUUCCUACCUUAAAACAAGGUUUCAUGUUGAAUACAUCUUGAUUAUACUUUAUUCAAAGUAUUCUCUUAAAAGAGUACAUAAAAUUAAAAUAGUCUUUUUCCUGUAUACCCCAAUCAUGACUUUCAGAGAUUUAGCCUUAAAAGACUCUCUUUAAAGAUUUGUUUUGCACGUGUUCUUAUAGUGCAUUGAACUCAGUACCAAGCUGUCAGGUCUGUUAUGCAAAAUUGUAGUCGCUGUUUUUCUAGAUAACCUCUAUGUGUGGUGGAGACCCUUUCUGGCACUAAAGGAGGCUGAGGCAGGAGAAUUGCAAAUUAGAACCCACCCUGGGCAACUUAAUGAUUUAUUAAGACCCUGUCUCAAAGUAAAGGGAUGGGGAUAUUGCUCAGUUCAAAGGUUCUGGGUUCAUUUCCCUAUACUGUAAAAAAAUAAUAACAGUUUAAAUUAGGAAUUUUCUUACAAUUGAAAAGUGGCUAGUAAAAUAGUUCUCAGUUAAUAAAAUGUCCUGACUUUGCUAUGGCAUAACCUAUAUUUAUUUAUCUAAAGUCACAGAGCUUUUGAGUUUAAAGGCUGCAGUUCAGAUACUGGUCUGGAGUUCAGGCUUUAUAGUCUGUCUAGGAGGCAACUUUUUUUUUUUUAAACUUGCUUGAGCCUCAGUUUCCACAUUUUAUCACAGAGAUAAAUAUUCACUACCUCAGGGUUGUUACAAGGAUUAAAUGAAAUAAAAGUUUGUAAGAUUCUUAGCUCAAGUGCCUAGCACACAAUGAGCACUCCAUAAAUGUUAACUAUUAUUUAUACCUAAUCCAGGAAGUACAGUGGGAUCUCCUAAGGUUCUUAAAGGAAAAUUGAUGAAGUAUCCCCACUCUAGAUCAGAAUUAGUAGUGGGAUGAAGUCUUAGCCAGUGUGUUUCCAAGAGUCUCUCCAAGUGUUUUAGAAAGCUCACAUUGUCUUAAAAAUACGAUUAUGAAAGUACAGGAGAAGAUGACUAAGUUACUUACCCAUUGUCUCAGAAGAGUCUAUUAGUGAUUGAGCUGAGGUUAGAAUUCAGGUCUCCUGACUCCUAGUGAAGGGAUCUUUCCACUGUACUGCUGCUUUGUGAAACUUGGCUAAACAAGUGGCUCAGAUAGACAAUCAGUCUGCAGUCUGCACACUUGCCAAAGCACACACUCCCAGCACACUAACCUUAAGGCACUCGGAUGUUUAAUAAUGGCAACAUUAGCAAAAUAAGCAUUUAGGACAAUGCAGUCAUUUAAAAAAUUAUAUGGCAUUAUUCUUUUGAACUGACUUCAGCAACACAGUCUUGCACUUUGUAGUAAAGGAAUACCAACUCCCAAUUUUAAAAAGAAAAACCAAUCCUACAUUCCUUUUUCUUAAAAUAUAGUUCAGUAUCACUUUAGUGACUGUGAGAUAAUUACAUGAAAGCACUUUGAGAGAGUAUCUAAUAUAACUAUAAAGUUGUAUUAUGAAUGUCUGUGUAGAACAUAAAACAUUUGAUUAGAUGAUGAUUGACCUAAAGGUUUUGUACCUGUGGGGGACCUGAAACCACAGAGUCACCUCUGUAAUUUUAUCACAUUUAUAAAUAUGAAACUCUAGUAUUGUGCUAAAGUUGUUCACAGCUGAAUAACUUCAGAAAAGUGGGGACCAAUUUUUUGGUUUAAUGCUAAUCUUUAAAAAAACAGUAAAGUGUGUUCAUUUCAGAAUACAGAAGCUCUUCAAGGACCUUGACUCAAGAAAGAUGAGGCCCUCUUACUCUUGAACACUUCUCCCUACGUGGUCAGCCCUUCAUGUCCUAACUCUAAAUGUGGUGGAGGCAGACUUGUUACCUGUCGGUGUUGACAGUGUCUGUUUCAACUUACAUCCUGCGAGGUUUUGUGAGGCGUUGGGAGAGGAGAUAGGAAGAGGGAUGAGUGGACGUAGAACCAGUGCACUUGGAUUUUUGCUUUUCUAGGAUUUCCUACUAGUUAUAAAUGGCAUUGACAUUUAUCAUCAAUGCUAAUUUUAUUCUAAGAUGAGUAGCCAAACAAUUCACAUAAUAGAUUAUGAAAUACUCAAGAAUAAACAACAGUGGUGUUUGCUUUUGAGUUAGAGCCACACCUCAUCCUGAUCUCUUACUUUUUUCCAUUUUUGCUACUAAUGUCAUUAUCAAACUAUGCCCACAACAGGAAUUCAUGUUGGACUGAGAGGGUUAUCAGUAUUUUUGUUUGACAAUUUUGGGGUUUCAUCAUCUUGCUUGCAUUAACUUAUGUCACCUAGCUCUGGGGUCUAGCUCUACCCAAAGCAUAUAGUGACCAGUCCUUCUUGUGCAGGUAAAUCUCUGGGCUUAAGUUUCUUGUUGUUUAUUGAUAAGACUGCCACUGUCUGUAUCUCUGCCUUAGCUUCUGCCAAACCAGUAGUUUAGCACCUUGGAGUAUUCCUGCUUCAGUUUGGAAUUUGUGACCAACUCCAAAGGAGCCUCUGCCUUGCUGACGGACUUGACAUAGGCAAUCCAAGGGCACCUGUACCUUCCAUGUGACAGGUGGGGAAACUGCUGCUAGCUAUAGCCUCACCAGUCAAGAGAUGAGGCCUUGGGCUGGCUUAAAAUCUGUUCUUCACAGCCAGGGUGUCUUCAUCUUUGGGAUGAGUUCCAUUUUCCCAGUUAUUAGACUUUAAAAAAUGUAAUGCAAGACUGGCUUUUGGGGGCUCGGGGGAGUCAGUCAGUAGUGCCUGGAGUAACAGUUACCUGCCCUAUUUAGCACAAUUACAGUUGCCAAACCUCACUGCCAUUCACUCUGCACCUCUGUACCUAAGGAAGCAUGAUGUCAGACUACAGAGCAGGCUGCUGCAGGACAGUUACCCAGGCAGGACUCACUCCACCUUGUCUUUGGUAAGUCUUAUAGUGUCCAGACAGAUGGGUUUCUGUUCUGGGGCUGCUGUUCUCUGUGCCCCCCGACCUGUGGUGCAUGGUCUGUCUUAAGUAUUCAACAUGAGAGUUCAGUUUCUGACUUAUUAUCUUAGAUCCAAAGGCCAGGGAUUUAGAAAAGGUUCUUCCCUUUGUGAUCAGGGUAAGAAGUUUUUCUGCUUCUCCUGGGGUAAGGAGGCCUACAGCGAAUUAGCUUGAUUCCAAGCUGACUUGGGGUGACAGAGGUUACCUGCAGAGAUUUGUGCCUUCAAAGAUGGGGUCCUACGUCCUGCAAAGGAAAAGUCUUGUUUGCUGAGUUGAUUGUGCGUAAGCGUUGAUUUAGGUCUGGUAGAAAUGCGCUUCAGACGGUCUCGGCCUGUGUGAGUGACUCCUCCACUUGUGUGUUCUCCUUUACACACAGUGCUGACCCUGCAGAUAACCUCCUGCUGCACUUUUGUCCAUCCCAUUUGGAGAACUGAGGAAAGGCUGCUGUCACUGGUUCCUUCCCUCCUUCCAAAUGCACUUCUUUGCUCCUAUGUACAACUAUAAAUUUGGAAUUGUGUACCUGUCCUAUAAAAAUUGUGUGUUUUAGCUUCCCCAUUGCUGAGCAACCUGAAUACAAUAGCAGAGUCCUGUUAACUUGGCCAGAGGUAACAUGUCCUAUGCAGAUCUGUAGACCACCUAAAUGACAGGUGGAUGAUAACCAACUGAGUUGAAAGAUGAGGCACAACUUUGUCCUCAGCCCAUACCCCAUUCAAGGCAGAAUUAUGAUACUAAAACCUCCCAUGAGAUUCUGUGCUCAUCAUUGUACUUGCAAGGGCAAGUUUUAGGGUCCUGCGUAUCACUCUGAGCUGCUGAGCUGUGCACAAGUCAGGCUGGUAACCUUUCAGACAUGGUGAGGGCAAGUUCAGAUGCUAGCAAGCUUUGCAUAGGGAGUACUCAGAGUUGUGUUCUUGAAAUUUGACUAGAUUUGCUUCUGAGCUUCCAAACAAGAAUUUUAAAACAUUUUCAUAUCUUAAAAUUUAGAUGGAGAUUUGGACUUGGGGUUAACAAAAUUUUCAUGUAUCUCGGUACCCUGUUUCUGCCCCUAUAACAAUAAAAAAAAAAAGAGGUAGGCCAAAUGAAUUUAUUCUUGAUUUAGAAGAUAACUGUAGUGCUUUAGAGCUAUCAAUUAACAACUCCCAAAUAAUGCUUGAUUUCAUUUCUAAGAGCCUCACAUAUUGUGAGUGGCAGGAGUGCCAGGAGACAGAGCUGCUUCUGAUAGAUGAAGGUCAAAUAAGACAUCUUGCUUGCUUGCUUGCUUUUGUUUUUGAGACAGAGUUUCCCUGUGCAGUUCAGGCUGUCCUUGAACUCACUUUGCAGCCAAGGCUGCUUCAAACUCAUAGUGAAUCUUUUCCUCAGGCUCCCAAGUGCUGUCAUUACAGCCGUGCACCACCAUGCCUGCCCCUUUUUUCCAUUUUGACAGCUGGUUUUCACUGUAGCCAUUUCGACUCCAUUAUGAAAAGAAUUUUUGGUCUGGAGAAAUUACCUUGAUUAGCCAGAGAAAUCAGUAUUCAAAAAAAAACAAUAAGGGACUCACCUUACAGUUCUUUGGUACAUAUGUUUGAAAACCCUUUAGUGAAAUAAAAAACCAUCACAUCUCAUAUCUCCAGGGAGGGUAUACAUUUAUGUAAGUGCACAUCUUUUCUUAACUGGGAAUGAGUGAAAGAGUAAAUCACGUCUCUCCUUGUGGACAGCAGCAGUGGCAUGACUGGCAUGCGGACUAACAGAGCUGUUAAUGCGUGUGUAACCCCCGCUCCCUUGGAGACCCCACACUUUGCCUUCCUUGCAAUCUGAUUGUGUAAUGACUAUCAAUGGAGAAACCCCAGUUUUGCGCUUGCUCCGUAAAAGUAGGUUUGACGCUUCUGAUGAAUAACAGAACUUUGUCCUAAAACAUGCUAAUUCAAAUUCUUAAAAGCUCAUUUAAUGUUUAUACCAAAGGUCAUGCUCUGCAGGUGUUUGUGGUGCAGAGGGUGAGGUCUGGAGUGGUGGGCACUGUGUGCAUUGCUAGGGGGACACAGUACACAGUGAGACAAGAAGGGAUUUGACUGCGUCAAUCAUGGGUCACACUACCAGUGUUGUCAGAUAUCUGUCCUUAAUCGUUAUUGUAAUAUAUUUUCAGUUGUUUGUUUUCUAAUUUAAUUCUCUUACUCUGUUGUCUGACUGUGAACUGCUAACAGUGUUAAACUUGAUGUAAAUAAAUGAUGCCCUUGAAAGGGACUGCUCUCUGCCUGUUGUCUCACAAGGUUUGCAAAUUGUGUUUUGUUUUAAAUAAAGGUUGCAAUAUUUUAUUGAUGCAA